UAUCUUAUUUUAAUUUUCUACCAGAGAAAUAUUAUAACCUUGUUAAUGAGAACUUGAAUUGAAAGUGCCCACAAACGUAUUAAACUAUAUAUAUAUAUAUAUAAAAGGUCAUUUCGAUUAAAUAUUCACCAAUCGGCGCGAAUAAAUAAGAAAAUAUAUAUCGAAUGAAAAAAAAAAUUUCCAAAAAAUUACAAAAUAAAACAAAAAAAAAAGAAGUAAAAUCAAAACGAUAAAAUAGUCUACAUAACCGGUUUAAGCUCAAGUACCUAUGACAUCUAUAAAUACGUAUGCGUAGUAUCAGCGAUUUUGAGCAACUUCCCAAAUUAUCGGCAAAAUAUACAGUAGUGAGAGGUGACGCGCGUUAAAAGAAUCACUGAAUAUCAUCAGCUUUCGGUUAAACUACAACAUUUCUUUCUCUUCAUCUCGCUCUCGCUCUCGCUCUCUCUCUCGUACUCUCGUACUCUGCGCGCUGAACACAGCGUUCAAUUCAGAGACCGACAAUGUGUGAGAAUCAUGAUUAAGCGGUAUUUUGACUAUUAUGGGCACAUACACAUCUUAUCCAAAAAAAAAAGAAAAUAAAAAAAAUAGACGACAACAAUACCUGAUUUGAGAGCCAGUGUAGUCGCCGCCUCAAUUGACUAAAACAAUUUCGGCUUGAAAAUAUCUAACGUUUCUAGCCUUUGACAACAUUAAACUGUUUUUCUUUGCCGUUGUUGUUGUUAUUGUUGUUGUUGAAUUACUUGUUUUUAGUUUUCCGCAGACUCAUUUUUAAGUUUUAUUGCAUAAUUCCUUAUGUUGACUAUCGGCGGUGUGUGCAUUUUGCUUUUUUUCAUUUCUAAAGAAAAAUUUUACAUUAAUACAAUAGUCUUUAUUAUUAGACGUUAACUUAAUUGUGAAAGAAAAUAUAUUUUAUGUUGAAUUUUUCCUCUUUUACGCACACACAUUAAGGCAAUUUUUUUUUUUUGUUUUUUUUUUUUUUAUUUUUAAUUACAACACAUCCAGCUUUAUAUAGCAUACUGGGUUAAUUGCCUUCGGGAAGUUAAUAAAUUAGCAGAAAAAAAACAAAACAAAAAAAAACAAAUUUUUUAUUAAACAAAAUGCUACCGAGGAUAUCUACGAUAUUGUUUAUCAUUGUUGGAUUUCUUUUAAUUACCGAUUGUCGAGAGACGAUACGUGCAAAAAGAGCCAAACGACCACGAGCCCCGGAACCGAUUCGCUUUGAGCCUGAACCACAACAAGAUUUGGAAAAUGAUGAUAGCGGUAGCCAAGAGAAAGAUAUACCAGAAAUUCCCACCAAUUUUUUGAGUCCUUCCGUGCGAGAGUAUUUGGAAUUGGGAAAAUCAAUACCAGGUCGCCCAGGUGUUGAUUAUCCUAUUUUAUCUGCCAUACCAUAUACAAACUUUUAUUGUGACGAACAACUUUAUCCGGGUUUCUUUGCUGACAUGGAAACCAGAUGUCAAGGUUGGCAUUAUUGUGAUAUUGAUGGACGUCAAGCGUCCUUUCUAUGUCCAAAUGGCACACAAUUCUCUCAAGCUGUAUUCGUUUGCGAUUGGUGGUUUAAUGUACGCUGUGAUCUCUCGCCACGUCUCUAUGCUAUAAAUGCUCGUCUCUAUCAACGUCCGAAAGUUAAUCCUACACGUCCUCAUCGCAUCAUCACUAAGGAAUUGAUUGAUGAUAUUUUCAAUUAAAAAAAACUUCAAAGACAUCCGUCUCAUUCGUAAAUAUUGGAACUCACUAUUAGAUUAAACACGCUACGUGUUUUCAUCUCAUUGAUUUAACAGAAGUAAUAGUAGUAGUAGCAGUAGCAGUUGUAGCACUAGUAGUAGUAGCAGUAGCACUAGUAGCAGUAGCAGU